AUGUCGCACCCGUCCGACGUCCACAACGUGUCGAGUCUCUGGGACGAUGCGCUGCCCUACGCCGUGGCCGCCCUCGCGCUGUACCUCUCGCUCCGCCAGCUGUUCAACGUGGACCGCGCGCUCCUCAAGCUCUGGCCGUCGUUCGUCGUGCUCUUUGGCUACUACCGCUACCGCGUCGCCCUCGCAGCGCCCUCUCCGUGGUCGUCGUCGUCGCUGCUGUUGGCGUACUGGACCGCAGCGCAGCGCCGCGCGCCGGUCGUGGAAGCUGUGGUCGGUGACUCGCUGCUCGGCAUUGGACUCGUCGCGGCUGUUGCGGCCGCUGUCGACUUGGGACGCCGCGCGCGCUACGUGUCGCGCAAGCACGUGCUCAAUGUCGUGGGUGGAUUCGUACUUAGUGCGAUGAAACAGCUGCCGUUUGUGAAGACGCGCGUGGCGCUCGAGAUGAAGAAGUUCGAACAAGACGUCGAGCGAUUGGUCCGCAAGAACGACCGAUUGGCCAAUAAGAUGGCGAAGCUCUAUGCGCUGCCGGACAAGGGGAUGGACGAUGCCCAGCUGCUGGCGCUCAUGGCGGAGCUGGCCGGCACGGACGACGACAAGUGGCGCGACGGACUCGUGUCGGGCGCGGUCUACCACGGCGAGAAGGCGCACUUGGACGUGCUGAACCAGGCCUACGCGCUCUUUGGCGUGUCCAAUCCACUGCAUGCCGACCUGUGGCCAGCGGUGACCAAGUUUGAGGCCGAAGUGAUUGCCAUGACAGCAGGAUUGAUGAACGGAGGCCACGCAGACGUGUGUGGCUCGCUGAGCUCGGGCGGCACGGAGAGCAUAUUCCUGGCGACCAAGACGCACCGCGAGUUCUACCGUCACAAACACGGGAUCACGAAGCCCGAGAUCAUUGCUUGCGUGACUGCUCAUGCGGCGAUUGACAAGGCGUGUGACAUCUUGGGCAUCCGGCUGAUCAAGGUGCCAAUGGACCCGAAAACGCUCAAGAUUGAUGUUCAUGCCGUGCGCUGGAGCAUCUCGGCGAACACGAUAUUGCUGUACAGCAGUGCACCCAACUUCCCACAUGGCAUUAUUGACGAUAUUGAAGCACUGUCGAAGCUUGCGGUCCGGCACGACGUCGGCCUCCACGUCGACUGCUGCCUCGGUGGAUUCGUGUUACCGUUUGCUCGUCAGCUGCGCCAGGAUAUUCCUGCUUUCGACUUUUCGUUGCCGGGCGUGACCAGCAUGUCGUGCGACACGCACAAGUAUGGCUAUGGCUCGAAAGGAACGUCUGUUGUGCUUUACAAGAACGCAGACAUUCGUCGAUUCCAAUACUUUGCCUACCCGGAUUGGACGGGCGGACUUUAUGCGACGCCGACACUUGCGGGCAGCCGAUCGGGAGCACUGAGCGCUACAGCUUGGGCUGCAAUGGUACGCCUUGGGCAUGAAGGGUAUCUUGAGAAGACAAAGGGCAUUUUGGACACCGUCGAUGCGAUCAAGGCUGGCAUCCAGCGCAUUGAUGGCAUCCACGUUCUGGGCGACCCGAAGGCAAUGGUGGUGAGUUUUGCUGGCGACACAGGUGUCAGUGCGCUCAAGGUUAGCGACGCUAUGGCCAAGCACGGAUGGAGCCUGAAUCCGCUGCAGCACCCGACAUCAGUGCACCUAUGCGUUACCGUUCGCCAGAUUGGCAAAGCGCAGAAGUUCUUGGAUGCGCUGGAAGACGCCGUGAACGAAGUGAAGAAGGACCCCAAUCCAUCACCAGAGGGGGGCAGUGCUAUCUACGGCAUGGCUUCUAGCUUGCCAGCUGGGCCAGUGGACGACCUUCUUCGCAUUUACACAGACAUCACCCUCAAGGUCUAA